CGGUUCUGCGAUGGUUCCGUCCCGCAGGUCCCGCCUCUCGGCCAAUGGGAGCUGGCGGGGCCGUGUGACUGACGUGCGGGCCGGCCUGUGAGCGCGCGGGGCGGUGUCGCGGUGUGCGGAGGUGCCCGGGCAGCUCCAUGUGGGGGGUGCUGCGGGCUGCGGGGCGGGUGCGCGGGCCUCUGUGCGCUGCCGCCUGUCGCCCCAUGGCUGCUUCGGGCCCUGCAGCGGAGGCCCAGGGAUCCGCCAGCACCGCCGGCAUCAUCAUCAUCGGCGACGAGAUUCUCAAGGGCUACACGCAGGAUACAAACUCCUUCUUCAUGUGCCGGCGACUGCGGGCUCUCGGCGUGAGUGUCGCCCGGAUCUCCGUGGUCCCCGACGACGUGGAGGCCAUCGCCAGCGAGGUGGCCACCUUUGCUGCUCGCUUCACCUUCGUGCUGACUUCCGGGGGCAUCGGCCCCACGCACGACGAUGUGACCUUCGAGGCCGUGGCUAAGGCCUUUGGGGAGCGGGUCGUCCUCCAUCCCGAGCUGGUGGCCAUGGUGCACAAGUUCUUUGGCAAGACAGAGGAGCAGUGCCCUGAGAUGAAGCUGGCUCGCGUCCCCGAGUCCUCCCGCCUCAACUACGGCACAGACGGGCACACUGGCAGCACCUUCAAGUACCCGCUGGUCAGUGUGCGCAACGUCUACAUCUUCCCCGGCAUCCCGGCACUGAUGGAGCGUGCCCUGGAUGGCCUUGCUCACCUCUUUCACAGCAAACAGACCCACUUCCACUCCCGCACCAUCUACGUGGCGUCCGAUGAGAUGCUCAUCACGCCGGUGCUGGACAGGGCUGAUGCCACCUUCCGAGGCCGCGUCAGCUUGGGCUCCUACCCAGACUGGACCAGCAACUACUACCGUGUGAAGCUGACCCUGGACUCAGAGUCAGAGCAGGACCUGGAGGAAGCGUAUUGCUUCUUGAUGAGGGAGCUGCCACCGGGUGUUGCCGUGCCGUUGGUGAAAGACUGCGUCUCUCCAGCAGCUGUGGAGGUUUAUGGCCUGGCUGAGUCAGGCUCGGCCCUGGGGCAGAAGGUGGCAGCAGCCCUACGGACGAUUGAGGAGGCUUUGGACCAGUACAGCCUGGUCCAGCUCUGCGUGGGCUUCAACGGGGGCAAGGACUGCACAGCCCUGCUGCACCUCGUCCAUGCUGCUGUGCAGAGGCGGUUCCCAGCGAGGCAGGAGAGGCUGCAGGUGCUCUACAUUCGCAUUGUGUCCCCGUUCCCUGAAAUGGAGCAGUUCAUUCAGGCAACAGUCCAGAGGUACGGGGUCCAGCUCUGCACUGUGGAGGGCUCCAUCCGGGAGGCUCUGGCCCAGCUGAAGGAGCAGCAGCCACAGCUGGAGGCUGUCCUGAUGGGAACGCGCCGCACGGACCCUUACUCACGCACCCUGACCCCCAUGUGUGUGACAGACCCCGACUGGCCCCCUUACAUGCGGGUGAACCCCUUGCUGGACUGGACCUACCGGGACAUCUGGGAAUUCCUGCGCAAGCUCUUUGUCCCCUACUGUAUCCUCUAUGACAAGGGCUACACGUCCCUGGGGAGCAUGACCAACACACAGAAGAACCCAGCCCUACGCUGUAGCGAUGCGCAGGGCCGGGAGAGCUACCGGCCUGCCUAUGAGCUGGAGAAUGAGGAAGAAGAGCGCACCUCCCGCCGCUGAAGGCCACGCUCUGGGAGCCUCCACUGGAGUGCUGCUGGGAGUGACUGAAUAAAGUUGCUGCCUGUCAGCACUAAAUAAACCUGCUGCAGUCUGCACUGCACUGGCACGUGGUCUUGUUGAGCCCUGAGGGCUCCAUGGGGCAGGAGUGGGAGGAACAAAAGGGUCCCCAGGUUGUGCCACCUCCCUGCACCCACUGUUGUAGGAUUUUUGGAAAUGCAGAGAAUGUAGUAGGUUCCAGUGCUUGCCAGGGCCCCACACGUCAGCACUGCUGCCUCUCCCACCGUGUCAGAUCCUGCUGAUUCCUCAUGGGCCACGCACCUCUUCUGCACCAUGGCAGCCUGUCUGCAGGGUGCUCCCCAUCAAGUGGCACGGGUACUGGCACUGCCAGCACCCACUGCCACCUCCCUUGGGCUGCGCCUGGUCUCCUGGUUGCUGCGGCUUCUGUGGAAAUGCAUCUACCUCCUUCUCUGCAGCUGGUGCAUCCGUGAGCUGCUGGACUAGGGAAGGCACCCCCCAGUGUCACAGGACCCCGUCAGCCCCUGCCUGCCCUGGUGCUGUGGGUGAGUGACCUGCCUGCAGCUUGACUUGACAUGGUGCUUGGAAUGUGACAGGGACCUGGCAGUGGUGUGUGGGGGUGGCAGAAACCAACCAUGGUGCUCCUGGAGUGAAAAUGGCCUGGCUGUGGCAGUUCUGGGGGUUGAGAGGGUGUGGCCUUGGUACUGGUCAGUGGGUUGUUACCCCCUGUGCCUCUCUCCCCUCCCCAGGACUGUCCCUGUUGCCCUGUGCUGAUGAAGCUGACGGACCUCUGGCGCUGAGACUCUGCUCCAGCCUGUGCUCCCCCUGAUCAGAGACCCCAAUAAACCUGUGCAGUGCCUGAAUGGCUGCG